UUUUUUUACUGUUUGAUAAAUAUUCCAUAUCUGACAUUUGAAUGAUUCAAUUCAAAUGGUUUUUCAUUUAGACGAGUGAUUUAAAUUUCAUAUUUAUAAAAUAUUACAAAUAUCUGUGAUAUCUAAUUAAAAAAAAAUAUAUACAUAUAUAACAUAAUAAUCAACAGGCGUUCGUUUUAUUUUGUAUCUCUUUUAAUCACAAUGAAUGCAGGUAAUUAUAAUACGGACACUAUUUCAGAUUUGGACGAUUCUAUUUUAAUAGUUGAGGACCACAAAAUAAAUAAUGACGUUUUACUCAAUUGUCCUUCAUCACCAGAUGAACCAGAAUUUUUUAAACAAGUCAUACAACAGGUAUGUUAUUAUUUAUUUAUGUACAUAUAUAUAUAUAAGUAUAUAUUUAGUUACUUAUUCCUGUGUAAUUUUUCCACUUUUCGUAUGGGGUUUUAGCAAAAACGCAAAAAAGCAUUUUCUUCAGAAAUUACUGUACAUCAGGGUAAAGAUUUAUUUCCUACCCAGAAUGGUGUUCACAUUAAUGAAAAUAAGAAAAUGUGUGUUGCCAGUGAAGGUGAUCAUGAGUCAAGUACUUGCAAAUUUGUAAGUAUGUAGAAAAAAAAAUUGUAAAUAAAGCAAUAUAAUAUAACAUUUACAUUUGAGGUGAAAUUGACAAAUUGUGAAAUUGAUUGAUCUUACUUUGAAAUAAUUAUAAUAUUAUAUUCAUAGAAUAACCAGAAAAGUAUUCCAUUCUUUGACAACAAUAUACUAGAUCCAGAUGUUUAUAUUCCUGUUAUUAAUGAGCAAACUACAGAAAUCAUACCCCGAAUAGAACCAGUAAUAAUUCAUUAAAUUUUUAUAUAAAACUAUAUAGUUACAAAAUUUUAAUAUAAAUGUUUUUAGAUAACUAUGUUUUAUAUUUGUACUUUGUGUAAUUUUAAAUUAUAAACAUAUUAUAGAUAGAACCAAAAAGAAAAAAACGCUUGACAAAAGAAGAAUCUGAGGAAAAAAAAAUGGAAGAAAAGGCUAGAAAAGAUGCAAAGAAGAAAUUAACUGAAGAAUUGAAACGUUUAAAUCCAAAAGAAUGUAUGAAAGUAAGGAGUUGUUUUAUUUUAAUAUAAUUACAGACUUGACUAAAAAUUGUUAGUUUAUAUAAAUGAAAAUAAUAUUUGGACUUUAAUCUACUCUCAAUCUAAUUAAAGAUUAUAGAAGAUAAAUGGAAACAAAUAUCACUUUCACAUUUUUUAUGGUUAUAAUCACGAGAUUGAGAAGUUAAGUCAUUAAUUGGAGGGCAAGUUAGGAAAGAUGGUUGAAAAAUGGCAAAAUAAUGUAUAGAAUAAGCAGGAAUUUUAAAAUUAAGUAGAGUUGGGCACAGUUAAGACUUGAUUAAAAGUGAGAUUUGGCAUAAUAAGCUAUUUAAGGAGAAUGUCUGUUGUAUGAAUAAGGUAUGGAAAGGACAGUGAACAUUAAAAAAAAAUAGAAAUAUGCUGAAAUAAUUAUCUUUGGAAUAUAAUAACAAGUAGAUAGGUCCCAAUAACCAAAUCAUAUUUACUGAUAGUGCGUGUAUUUUUAAUUAAGUUCUCUCUUUGUAUCCAUAAUAUAAUAGUUAUUUUAUUAUUUCAGUAUAUAACUAUACACAUUGAUAUAAAUCUUCAAAAUCAAGAUUAUUGCCAACAAAUAUUGUCUGAAAUUCAGUCUACCGAUGCAAAAUACAUAAUUGAAUCAAAUUCAUUUGUGUCACAUUCAAUUACAUGGUCAAGACAAGUGGUAAAUAAUAAUAAGCAGCUGGAUAAAAAAAUUUAAAUUAAGAAAAGUGAAUAACAUAUUAAUGCCAAUAGUUAAUGUCAUUCACAGAAGGAUGAUAACAAUUAUAUUGAAUGCUAAUAUUAUGCCACAAACGCAUCUUCAUUCUUAACAAACUAAUAUUUAUUCUAUAUCUAUGUAUGAUAUAUUAUAUAUCAUACAAUUUUUUAAUAAUCCAUGAACAAUUACACACCCUAAAUAUAAAUUGGAUUCAAUAUUUAUAGUUAAUACUAAAUGAUUUAUUGUUAGAAAUCUAUAAUAUAGUUCAUAAAUAAUCACAUUACAUUGAAAUCUUUUUUUUUUUUUUUUAGUCAGAUAAUAUCAGUGAAGAUGAACAUUUCAUGCUUUUAAUCUGGGAUUUUGAUUAUGUUACAAAUUUAAUUGUUUCUAAUCAAUUAAUAGAACAAAUUAAUAAUUUGAAAUUAUAUAAACCAAAACUUUCAAUUAUAAUAUAUAGCACUGCUGUUCAGCUUAAGUAUGUAUAUAUUUAUAUAUAUUUUUUUAAAUAACUAUUUGAUUUUAUUUUCAAUUUGUAUUUUACUAUUGUGUAGGAAAACCAAAUCUAAGAAGAAUUCUAGGUAGGUAUACUUGUUUUUAAAAAUAAAAUUCAAAAUACUAAGCUGUUAAAAACUAUUUAAUUUUCAGUAGUUCAAAUAUAUUGAAUAAUUUACAACAAAUGUUAUUGUGUUGUCAUGUUUCAUUUCGUUUUAUAGAAAAUAAAAAUGACAUUGGAUUGGCAAUUUUAUAUUUUACUAAAUCAAUUGCACAGAGGCCAUACAAGUAAUUAAAUAUUACAUUCUAAUUUAAUUAUAAAAACCUUAUACUGAAUAUUGUUAUUUGUUUUUAAGAUUGAAUAAAUACAAAGAAGAGCAAGAUGGAUGUGAUUGGUAUGCAUCUGGUCAUACAAAAAAUUGUAUAACAAUUGAUAAAAAUGGUACUGGUUUAACUCAAUUAUGGAGGCAAAUGCUCUCACAAUUUCCGCUAUGUGCUCUCGAAACUAGUGAAGCAAUUGCAUCAGUGUACAGUUCACCUAUUGCAUUAUUACAAGUAAAUGUAAACAAUUUAUUAAUUACCUAUUAUUGUUUCACAAACAAAAUUAUUUUAGGCAAAUUAAAAAAAAAAAAAUAUAUAAUAUAUAAAUAUGUAUAUACAAAUUUUCUAAUGCAUUUAAUUUUCAUUACUUUUCAUAUUUAUAAAUGUAUAAUAUUACAAUUUUAAUCUAGGCGUAUGAUAAUUGUAGCACAAGAUUAGAAGGAGAAACAUUACUACAGGAUAUUCCCGUAAGUGUAUAUUUUAACAUUAUAAUAGCAUUAGAUAUAUAAUAUAUAUAUUUGCAUUCAAAUUAGUGGUUAAAAAAAAAAAAAAAAUUAUUACAAAUUUAAGGUCCGUCGAGGUUUCGGUCCAUUAGCUUCCAAUCGUCGUAUUGGACCAGAACUGAGCAAAAAAAUAUACAUAUUUUUCACAGAUAAUACUGGAUGCGCUACAUUAUCCCAAGAAUAGUGAACAAUAACGAAAAAAAGUUAUAAAUAAAUAACAUGAACUAAACUAUUUAAUAACAACUUAUAUUACUGGUAAUUGUUUCUUUUCUUUUUACUAUAUAUUCAGUAUGAUAAUAGUAAAUGUGCAUAGACUAGACAUGUCUACUUUUUUGACAUAAUAAUAUGUGAAUUAUGUAUAUAAAUUUAGUUUGCACAUUUUUAUUCUAUUUAAAUAAUUAUUUUUCAAAUCAAAACAAAAAAACUAGAAUUAUCUAUUCAUAGUUGUUAACAUUUAAAUAAUAAUAUAAGAUCAAAACAAAAAAGCAUUAAUUCAUGACUUUUUGAAAAGCAUUUAGAAUGUAAACAGAUUAAUAGAAAUUGAGCUGAAUAAACAUGGAAUUAUGCAACACACGUUUUAUUUUUUUAUGAACUACUGUGCAGAUAAAAACAUGAUGUCCAUAUUAAACAAGUCCUGAAUUUUAAAAUUAAUUUAAAAAAAAAUAAUAAUCAUAAUAAUAAUAAAAUAAAUAAUAACAGUAUGUUGUAAUAAUAAAAUGUCCAUUAAGAAAAACAAAGAGAAAUAAACAAGCUUCGGCCAUAAGUUGUUAAAUAUUGCAAUUGUUUAAGAAUGAAACAGUUCUGCCUUGUACCAUAAGAAUAUGAAAAUUUCUAGGAAAACAGUUUUUUUUAAACAUUUUUCAUCAUCAGUAUUGAAUUUUACAUGAAUGCGUUGAAGUUGCAAUGAUCAAGAAACAUGGCAGCAGUGGAUUGAUUAUUGUUGAAUACGUAUGGCAGUGUGACAACAGAACUGCCAUAAACAGUAGAUGCCGAGCUUGCGUUCAUUGGUUGUCAAUUCAUUCGUAAUGGCUGGUCGUAACGUUGUCGCAAUGCUGCUUCAGGACCAGCAGUUAAUGCAACACCAGCCAUUUGGUUCAUGCGAAAGCUAUUUUCAAUUGCCAUUGUGUUAGCUGCCAUCGCAAUAGCUCCUAAAUCAGUAUUAAAUUAUAAUAAAAAAAAUACAUUUCAUGAUUAAUCAUAU